UCAUUAUGCGACACACGGGAUAGACACUAGCAAACGUUAACUAUUUUUCCAGCAGCUUGUUUUUAUUUAUUUACUGUUGGAGGGCUAGAAUCUUAUUUAGAUUCGGAGCUAUAAAAUAACUAGCUGCCAACUGCCAAAUAUUAGUAGCCGCGUUUUUCGUUUAUUUUCACUCGAGUCUCCGGUUAUAAUUUUACAAAUCUAUCCAGCACAGCUUGUUGCUAAGUAGCAAUAACGAAUGAACUUGCAUUGUACAUGCUCUUAGCCGCAAACGAUUAAAUAUUUUUUCUCCUGACAGUGUUUGAUUUUGGUGUUUGUUAGUGCUACGGCAGUAUGAGUUAUGGGUAUGGCGGUGGCGGUGGAAGACGAGGCAGGAGAGGAGGUCGCGGGCACAGAGAUGACAGCAGAGAGAGAUGGGACAGAGGCGGUGGAGGAGGUUCAAGAGGCACCAGUUCCGACUUCGACAGGGACCGAGGUGGAGGAGGUCAGAGGGACCGUCCCCCUCCACAUCUAAAAGGCCGUGAGAUCGGUCUGUGGUAUGCACGAUACGGCGCUGUGAGGAGAAAACAAGCUGACCGGAGAUCGCGGGCAGUGGUCCAAAUGGAUGAGGCCAGAGAGCAGCACAUUACUAAGCUGCUCAACUCUGUCCAGAGUGACCAGCCUGGCCCAAGGAGAGACACUAACUAUACAAGGCCCUCUACAUCUGACAACUGGAGCACAUCUGGCCAUAGUAGUGGUCAUUGUUACUUUGACGGGGAUAUGCCUGAAGAGGAUAAACACAAGGCUGAGGCCAAAUCUGAGGAUGAGGAUGAGGAAGAAGAAGUUACUCCAGGCCAGAUGAAAGCAAGUUGCACAUCACAACGUGACUCAUCUAUAGCAGAUGUUAAAGAUGAGCCUCCAGAGAAUUGGGAUGAUGAUCAGGAACAUGGUGAGAAAGAGAUACUCUUGAGGAGAGACAAGGAUCUGGAGUUCUUAUUUCAGGAAGUAGUCAGAGACGGGUCACUGGAUGCUUUCUUGAAAAGAGAUCUGGAAAGCAAAAAAUCAGAUUCAAAAUAUAAAGAAAUGCUGAAAUUCAGGGAAAAACUACCAUCCUAUGGAAAAAAAGAGGAUCUGGUGGAGCUGAUCAACUCCAACCGUGUCCUAGUGGUGAGUGGGGAGACCGGGUGUGGAAAGACCACUCAGGUCACCCAGUUCAUCCUGGAUGACCAUAUCAAACGAGGCAUGGGCUCCAUGUGCCGCGUGGUCUGCACACAGCCUCGCCGCAUCAGCGCCAUCUCUGUAGCAGAGCGUGUAGCAGCAGAGAGAGCAGAAAGUGUUGGUAAUGGAAAUUCUUGUGGUUACCAAAUCCGCCUGCAGAGUCGGUUACCACGGAGACAGGGUUCGAUCCUGUACUGUACAACAGGCAUUAUUCUUCAGUGGCUUCGCUCAGAUUCAUUGUUGUCUAGUAUCAGUCACCUGGUGUUGGAUGAGAUUCACGAGAGAAACCUUCAAUCAGACGUUUUGCUCAUCAUCGUGAAGAACUUACUCAAACUCCGAGAUGACCUCAAAGUAAUCUUGAUGAGUGCCACGCUCAAUGCAGAGAAGUUUUCUAAAUAUUUUGAUAACUGUCCAAUGGUCCACAUCCCUGGUUUGACAUUCCCAGUGGAAGAGUUCCUACUAGAAGACAUUUUAGAGAUGAUCAGGUACCGUCCUCAAAAUCGGGACUGCAAACCUACAUGGAAGAGAGGCUUUUGGCAGAGCCGCCACUCCAGAUCUGAUAAGGAGGAGAAAGAGGCUGAGUACAAGGAGAGCUGGCCCUGUUAUGCACGCUCACUGCAGGGCAGAUACUCUGACAGUACCGUUGAGGCUAUGGAGAUGUUAGACAAUGAUGACAAGAUUGAUCUGGAGCUGAUUCUGGCACUGAUCCGUCACAUUGUGCUCAACGAGGAGGAAGGAGCAAUCUUAGUCUUCCUGCCUGGUUGGGACAACAUCAGCGCACUCAAUGACCUGCUCAUGGCUCAGCAGAUGUUCCGAUCAGAUCAGUUUGUUAUCAUCCCUUUGCACUCCCUCAUGCCCACUGUUAAUCAGACGCAGGUGUUCAAAAGACCUCCACCGGGAGUUAGGAAGAUUGUGAUUGCUACCAAUAUAGCUGAGACCAGCAUCACCAUUGAUGACGUUGUUUAUGUGAUAGAUGGUGGAAAGAUUAAGGAGACCAACUUUGACACCAACAACAACAUCAGUACCAUGACAGCUGAGUGGGUUAGCUUGGCCAACGCCAAGCAAAGAAAAGGACGUGCCGGCAGAGUAUGUCCAGGAAAGUGCUAUCAUCUAUACAACGGGCUCAGGGCCAGCCUGCUGGAUGCCUAUCAAUUACCUGAAAUUAUGAGGACACCACUGGAGGAGCUCUGCUUGCAGAUAAAGAUACUGAAGCUUGGGUCCAUUAGUCGAUUCCUGGAGAAAGCCCUGGACCCUCCCACUGAGAAGGCCGUCAACCUUGCCAUCAAGAACCUCACAGACCUGAACGCCCUGGACCACACAGAGAAUCUGACAGCACUGGGUUUCCACCUGGCCCGUCUACCCGUGGAGCCUCACAUUGGCAAACUCAUCCUGUUUGGAGCAUUGUUGGGAUGCCUCGAUCCCGUACUCAUCAUCGCUGCUUCCCUCAGCUUCAAAGACCCUUUCUUCAUACCUCUGGGUAAAGAGAAGAUGGCAGACAUGAGGAGAAGAACCUUGUCCAGGAACUCAAAGAGUGACCACCUCACUAUAGUUAAUGCCUUCCAGGGCUGGGAAGAAGCCAAACGGCGUGGUGCCAGGUAUGAGAGGGAGUACUGCUGGGACAACUUCCUGUCUGCCAACACACUCCAAAUGCUGCACAACAUGAAGGGCCAGUUUGCAGAGCACCUCAUGCAUGCAGGCUUUGUCAGUAGCAAGGACCCCAAAGACCCUAAAUCCAAUAUCAACUCAGACAAUGAGAAGUUAAUCAAGGCAGUGAUUGUGGCGGGACUAUAUCCUAAGGUGGCCAUGAUCAGACCAUCUCACAGCAAAAAAAGGCCUGGAGUGAAGGUGUACACCCAGGCAGAUGGAAAGGUGAACAUCCACCCAAAAUCUGUCAAUGCUGAAGAGAAGGAAUUCAACUACACGUGGCUCAUUUACCACCUGAAGAUGAGAACGAGCAGUAUCUUCCUGUACGACUGCACUGAGGUGUCCCCGUUCUCGCUGCUGUUCUUCGGAGGAGACAUCACCAUUCAGAAAGACGGGGACCAGGAAACCAUCGCAGUGGACCAGUGGAUUGUUUUCAUAUCACCAGCCCGCAUUGCUCACCUUGUAAAGAGUUUAAAGAAAAAGCUGGAUUCCCUGUUAGAAGAGAAAAUCAGCAAUCCGGCUCCUGUGGAUUGGGAAGACCGUCAGUCUAAAGACUGUGCUGUCAUCACAGCCAUCAUAGACCUCAUCACUACCCAGGAAAAGCCUGCAGGCAGUGCUAGGGACUCUGGCAGGAUGUGGGCGUCUGCCCCGAGAGGACAGCACAUUUACUUCAAUGAUGAUGACGAUGAGGAUAAUUAAAAGUGGCCAGGCAUUUGGCUGACAAUGAAGAGUUGGAAUAUUUAUGAUAACCAGCUGACCUCCUUGAUGGUUUUGCUUGGUUUAAACCUUAGUGCUCUCUGGGUGCUGCUGAAGGCCAAACACGCAAGGCCAGUUUACUGGAAAAAAAAAGAAAAUGUUCUGCACUUGAAUGAGUCCUUUUUUUUUUUUUUAAAACCACUGUUUUGCAAGGACCAGCCCAUCUUUAAACACACACUUUAGCUGCUUUGUUUAGUUUACACAUUUCUGCUUUGGAGACAUCAGACCUUUAUCAUAUAUGUUUUCUUUAAGUGAUGGCACUUAAUAGCUUGUUCAAUAAAGAAACCUGAUGAAAUUG